AUGGGAGCUUCCUCCCCUCCAGCGAUGGACUGCAAAGGCUUCCAGGCUAUGAGCACGUCUUUGCUCAACGAGCUGGAUGGCGGGGUGUGCAACGGCCUGAGCUACUCCGAGAUCAUCCGAGACUACCCAGACCUGUGGGCUGCCCGGGAGCGGGACAAGCUCAACUUCAGGUAUCCCAACGGGGAGUCUUACAAGGACGUGAUCGGCCGGCUGCGGCCCAUCAUCAUCGAGCUUGAGCGCCAACGGCGCUCAAUCUUGGUGAUAUCACACCUCGCCGUGCAACGCUGCCUCUACGCCUAUUUCACUGGCGCGCCCAUGGAGGAUUCGCGUAACAACGAGGGUUGGGAAACCUAG